GUUUAUUAUUAGAACUUACUUCCGGCCUCUGUUUCUGGCUUUGAUUUUUAAAGAUAGUCUCUCAUUGUGUAGCUCUGGCUGGCCUGGGACUUAUGUAACACAAGCUGGCCUCAAACUUAACGUCUAUCUUCUUGCCCAUCUCAGCGCUGGGAUACAAGUGGUUGCCACCAUAACUGUUGAUUCCAAACCAUAACACCCAGACAUAACACCAAAUACCUGUCUUUUAUUUGACCUUGACUGACUAGGAUUCUUAGAACUCAGCGCAGAGUAUGACACUUUUUUUUUUUUUUUUGAAUGAGAAAAGUGAAACCUAAAGAUGAGAUCUGUGAAGAUCCUUCAGCUUACAAGAAAAUCGGGAAAAAAAAAAAAAAGUUUUUCUUCAGAAUUUGGCCACAGGAAGACUGACAUAGGCAUGACUUCUCGAAGUAGGCACUAACCAGAGCUAAACAAAUCUCUGACGCUCCUGGCUUCCGGAUUUUGGGGAGGAAGAAGGAAGAAGGGUUCUUCCGCCUCCUUCCUGCAAGUGGGAGCGCUCAGCCAAUCGGUGUAGGGCAACAGAGGCUUACUCUCUCAGCAGGUGGAGUUGCCUUUUGCAAAACCUGAAGCUGAUUUGCACCUAAUGGCUAAGCCCAGGGCAUACUCCUAAACGCCGUCUACAGGAACCCUCUGGCUUCUGGCGGCAUAGCCAUCGGAGAGUGUCAGGAUAGGCUGGAAGCCUCAUUGUGCCGUCUACAUUCUGAGGUAGGGGUUGCCCGGAGUUCCAGAAGGUAACAAACUUCUGGAUUCCUAUGCCCGGACGAAAUAGAACCAGACUGAGUCACCUGCCUUGGAAUCAAAGCCCGGCUCUUGUGCCUGGGAACCUGCAUAUUUCUCAGUUAGGCAAACAAUGAGUCCUAUAUUGAAGAAGAGACCUAGAGAAGAGACAGUCAGCUGUCUGUCCCCAAACAAGUUCUUGGCAAAAAGCUGCAAUUUGAGAGGUGGAGGGCACAAACAGACAAGAAGACCUGGAGACCAGAAGACCCAUGCUCUUGGAAAGGCUCCUCCCCACCCAUCUGAUGCUCCAAAGUGGAAUGCUGGUACCCCUGGCCACCCUUCCUCAGCACCCAGUCAGAAUUCGGCAGAAACCCUGGCCAAAUAUAGUUGGAAGCAAAAGAAAGCAUCCAGGUUAUGGGAGUUUCAGAAAGCAGAGGAGAAAAAAAAGAGUCGUGUGACGUUCAGUUUAUCAGUCACAGACCUUGGGGCCCACCAGUCUUUCACCUCCAUAGAUGAUGACUUCGAUGAUGCCGCCAGCAAGGCUCCUGUCUUCAAACCUGAGCUAGUCACUGCCCAUUGCUUCAGGCGACUGAAGCAGAAAGACUUCCGUCUGCCGCAGAGCCGCCGGCGGAUCAUCAUUGUGUCUGGCACAAAGGACCAGGUGCCAGCCCAGCCCACAACGCCUCCUCAAGCUCCCCUUCCACUCACGCCCAGCUUCAAAGUUCCCGAUACUGGAGACACCCAAGAGCUACCAGUGAACAUGAAGCUCUGGCUGAGUCAGAGGGCAAAGCUUCGGAAGCAGCUGGAGACAUUUGGCGAUGUCAAGACGUGGCUGGACAAUAAACCCACCAUCACGUCCUCAGAAUUCAAAGUUCUGUGCAUGAUUCGCCGGGAGCAAACAGCCCCAAAGCGUACCUUGAUUUCAGUCGGGAAACCCAAGGGUAAACCUCUCAAAUAUAUCCGCCAGCCUAUACCCCAGCUUCGACUGCCUAAGCCCCCUGUCCUGUCUGACAUGUAUGCCUUCCUGCGGAGUCGAAAGAUCAAGAUCCAGGAGGUAUUUAGCAAGGCGGAUCGGGGUGAGAACCACCGCAUCUCCAGGGAGGAAUUUCUCAUGGCUGUGAAGGCAAUUGGAGUUCCUCUGAAGACCCAGGAGCUGGAGGACAUCAUCAUCUACCUUGGCUCUCUUGGGAAGCAGAAUGCCAUCACCACAGAAGCCCUGGCCAGUACCUACAAGCAGUGGUCACUGGUCCAUCAGCAAAGCACCAUACCUACCGCCAGGGAGUAUCACAAUUUGUCUACAAGGAGAACUGCCCUGAAAUAUCCCCCUAACAGGCAGCAGGCUAUCUCAUCCCUACAGCCUCCCAACAUGGACCUGCUAAAGGUGCCUGAGGUUGAUACAAAGAUGGAGGGGCGGCCCAUGUCUGACGAGGACAUGGAGGAUGUGGGCAGACGGUACCGAGAGAGGCGGAGACAGUACAAGCUCUCUCUCCCCUCCAUCCAAUACCUGGAGAACUGCCGGCUGGUUCGAUCUGGAACAAAACAGUUUGAUGAUCACUGCCUGCCAACCACUAUUUCUGGGGAGAUUGAGGAACUGCUCAAUAUGACCCGCAGGGAUAACUUCCUAGUCUACCUGCAGUGCUGGGAACUCUGUGAGGCCUACGGUCUCCCGCUGACUGAAGAUAUCCUCAUGAGAGCGCUGCUGUAUCCGGGAGACAGGAUAAUUUCUCUGAAAGAAGAAGUUCGCCCAAUCCGGCAGCCUGGAGGGUAUUACAUAGACGACAGGAUUGUGCACAGCCUGGCUGGAUUCAAGAACCUCCACAAGCAUGGGGAAAAGGAGACAGACAAGAAAACAUCGAAGAAAAUGAAGGAAAUGCACUUUCUCGAUUUCGAGGAAUUUACCGGGAAGCUUAAGUCGAAGAGGCUAAGAGGUCCCUCACGCACCCACCCCAAUCACUUCUGGCCUGGUCACCUUCUGGACAAGCUGCGGCUCUACCUGCCCACUGUGGCCAGGGACCGGAGCCUGGCGAUCUUCAGCUGUAUAGAACACAAGCCCCCUGCUUACUCUGCCGUCUACAACUCUAAGGACUGGUGGCCCAUGAAAGACCUUAAUUACAUGACCUAUGCCUAUUAUGAUGCAAAGAAGGUAUACUUCAUCAACUAGAGGCCUGAAGCAUGCUGGGUCAGAAGACUGCAGCCAGGAGCCCACAGCUGCAGUCCUGAGAUACCAACCGGCUAUACAAAGGAAACAUUCCCAGGGAAGGUCUGGGGAUAUGUCUUCUGACGCCACGGUGUCCAGUGGAGUGUGGAUGUGUCCGCACGCACACAUGCUGUGCUUUCUUCUCUGUCAUGACCUCUGUCCUUUUGAAAUAAACCAAAUUAGAGCUGACCUGUAA